AUGAACGCGUUAUGCGCAGACUGUCAGCAUUCUCUAUCUGUGCAUGCUGACUACGCACGACCUCAUCUUUCAACUGCAUUAGGCCAUGGCCUUGCAUCAGUGACAUCAUCUCCUCGCAAACAGCAUUCUGCUUCCCAGUCAUUGUGUUUCACGGAACAUCCUGACCUAUGCCCACGGCAUCGAACCGUCGAGACACUUGCCCGUCUCCUUGAUGAGAACAUGGUGAUGCAUGUGCGAGGUACGCCUGCAUCAGGGAAGUCAACUCUUGCGAGACUUCUAUACCAGUUCCUCGCUGAGAAGCAAGAAGUUAUACUCAUGGAUACCUGGGAUAAUAAGAUGUCUGCGACAGAGUACCUCGCAAAGGAGUGUCGUGACCGCGGCUAUAUCGGGGUGCAGGCAUCUGAUAUCCUAGCAAGUAACUUCGUCUUCAUUAUAGACGAAGCGCAGCAGACCUACGUCAAUCCCCAUCUGUGGUAUAGCGUGAUCAAGUUUCAGAGCCAGCGGCAAGCAGGCCCUCGUUUCUGCCUUUUCAGUUCUUAUGGCAGCCCAACAAUAGGUGCCCCUGACUACCCUGAAGCUACAACGCCGCCAGUCCUUUCCUUGAGCCAACGAGUCUCCCUCACAGUGUCUCGCAAUUCAGACGCGCCAGAUAUCUGUCUUUUCUACAACUUGGCUGAGUAUAAGGAUGUCCUAGACAGAUUUUGCAAGCAUCCAGCUAUCGAGUUUACACUUGAUACAGACGUAAAAGAUUAUCUCUUCUCGCUGACAAAUGGCCACCCUGGUGCAAUCAGUUCAAUUAUGGUGUAUAUCCGUAAUUUUCACCGAUCUCAUCUAAAACAACAUCGCAUAUCGAAAAUCACUCUGAAAGAUAUCCGGGAUGCUUUAGACGACGACGAUAAACUCUUCUCGUUCCUUGAAGUCCAGCCGGCUGGCAGGUCUCUGCCUUCAAAAACUAUCCAACGCGGUGUUAUCGAUCCGAAUGUUGUCUGCGUACUUCUCAAUGUUCUGCGGGACGGGAGCGUCACGUUCAACAAUGACGACCCGGGAAUCGAAACUUGUUUCAGAAAUGGCUGGGUGCAUACUGAAGUAGUUGAGGGCGGCCAGGUGAUUUGCAUGUUCCCUUCAGCAUUACACGCAAGGUUCGUUGAACACUGCUACGGCCGACUCGAUCCUGUCCCAUUCCCAUUUCAAAAAUAUCCAACCCUCCAAGAUAAGUCUAUCUUUAUAGCUAUGAGAGAGCAGAAAGACACAGCCUUGGACUCCAUAUUUGAAACCGUGGCCUUGAGCCGAGACGGUAAAGAAAAAUAG